AUUUAAAGAAUAUAAGAACGAAGCUGACGAAACUAGGAUUUUAAAUAAAUUGGCUGAUGCUCGCCAGAUCAUGAAAACUGUUAUGCCACCUGUGGACGAUGUCACAUUAGAUCAAUUAGAAAAAAAUGCCGGCAAAGGUACUUUGACAGGACAAGGUGUUGCAAAUAGACAUAUAUCAUCAAGAAAUCAUAAUAAUGAUGAGCCAAACAGAUUGAGAAUUCAUAGAGAUACAGGAGCGCCAAAAUGUCCGCGUGAUCCUAUGAAAGAAGGACCAUAUCGUUCUGCCAGACCUCAUAAUCCGAGGCCUCGCUUUAUACGGCGAUUAUAUCAGAGGCUUUUAACCAAGAUAACUAUCAUGAAAGAAAGUACCGAAUCAACGCAUUUAUCAAAUUCUGUUCCUGAUACCUCCGAAAAUAAAAACCCACCUACCAUUAUGUUACCAAAAAAACGAAAAAAACAGUAUAUAAUUACUAAAUCUCCUUGGGCAGAUGGGCGUCCUCUUCCGCUGGUAAACCAUACGGAUUGGCAAGGAUUGGACCCUGUUGAGGUAGCAAAACUUAUUGAUGAUAAAAAUGCUCAAAGAUUAAAAAAAAGUUAUGCUAAUGAUAAUUUGCCUGUUUGA